AUGUCUGAUCCAUUUGCUUCACUUCUGACCUCUUUCAAAAAUGGUCAAAAUACAACUAAUAAUAAUACUACCACUGAUACUGAUACUAAGAAAUUAUCCGCUACGACGCCGUCACAGUCCUCAAUACAAUUCAAUUUGAAUAAAGCAUCCACUCCAUCAUUAGAUACAUUUGCUCUCGCUCCACUAAUACCUUCAUCUAGGGAUGCUUCCAAAUCUAACUCAAGAGUGACAUCACCGCCAUUAAUUGAAGAUGACUUCUCAGAUUUAUUCAAUUCAAAUGAACAAAAAAAUAUAACAUCUCCUCCUGCUCCAAAAAAAGAUGAUAUCGAUUCUGCAUUCGAUAUAUUUACCAGUACACCUCCCCUUGAACAGCAACAACAACAACACGGACUAGUUACAGAACAUGAAAAAGAUUAUGAAGAAGAAAUAAUAGUAGAUGAAGUUAAAGAUAUGGAAGUGGCAAGGUUAAUGUCAUUGGGACUAUCCAUAGAUCAAGCAAAUAAAUAUUACGAUAAAGGUAUACUAUAUGAAGAUAUAAUACGGAAACAAAGAGAAAAGAAAUUGAAACAACAAUCACCUCGAAAUAAAAAUAAUGCACAAGAUAAGAAUAAUACGCAAAAAUAUAGUGAUCUCUUUGAUAAUACGUAUGCCAAUAAAAGAUUCAAUGAAUCUCAAAAUAAUACGGGGAACCUUUUCUCAAUGGCUACUGAUAUCUUAUAUAAGGGGAAAGAAUUAGUGGAUCAAUUAACCGCUUAUCCAGAAGAAAAUAAUAGAUUGUAUAAAUAUAGAGAACCAAUUGAUAAUGAAGAAAACCCAUUCCUUCAAGAAGGAUCACGUUCACCUGCAUCUGCUCGUUCACCUUCACUUUCCGGUUCACACGUAGCGUCAGCAUCAGCCAAACCUAGCUCUAAACCUUCUUAUGUUGAACGAAACAGCCUAAAAUAUGAAGACAAUAACACUACAUUGAUUGAUGAUUUUGACUAUAAAUUGACAAUUAAUUCGAAGGAACCUUCUAUGGCAAAGAAUAUCCCUCCAUCAAUCACACCAGACACAACAGAAACGAACAAUAAUAAUGCUCUAUUAGACUUUGACGGUUUGUCAACAGUAACGGCACCCGGUUCCUCAAACAUAUCUGUAAAUAAAAAGAAUACAUCAUCUUCAUCCGCAACAUCACCAUCGCCAUCCCCAGCAUCUAUAACAAUAGCUACCGUUCCAAUAUCACAUAUUGAAUUAUCAGGCCAUAUAGAAUUCAAAACAAGGGGUUCAGAACUAUUUAAAAAUGGUGAUUACGUAUCUGCAUUACAAGAAUAUGAAAAAUCAUUGAAUACCUUACCACAAUAUCAUCCUCUUCGUAUCAUUUCAUAUUCUAACAUAAUUGCCACACAAUUAAAAAUUGGUGAAUAUUCAAAAUCAAUUGAAGAUUGUAAAAUUGCAUUAUCAUUAUUCCCCAAAGGCAAGGUUACAUCUGCAUGGAAUCAAAUCAUACCCGAUAGUACUCCACAAAGAUCAUUCAAAGAUAUUUGGUCGAAAUUAAUAAUGAGACAAGCUGAAUCUUAUGAACAUUUAGAAAAUUAUAAAUUAGCAUUAGAUUCUUAUCAAAAAUUAAUUGAAAAUGGUUUCACUAAUAGUAAGAUAAUGGACGGUAAAAGAAGAUGUCAAAAAAUAUUAAAUCCACCUCCACCACCACAAACUUCCAAAAGCCCUACACCAACUCCAGUGUCUAUCCUCAAACAUAAAGAGAAAGAUACCACAACAGCGUCCGUCCAAAGACUUCAAGAUGAAAACGCUAAGUCUAGAGAAAUUGAAAAUCAAAAAGUCGCAUUAUACGAUAAAGUGGAAUCUAAAAUCAAUGCAUGGAAAUUAGAUAAAGACACAGAUAUUCGUCAUUUAUUAUCAAAUUUAUCCACUGUAUUAACAUGGUGUGAUUGGCCGUCCAUCUCACAGGCUGAUCUUGUAAUGCCUAAAAAGGUAAAGAUUACUUAUUUGAAAGCAAUAACGAAGACUCAUCCUGAUAAGAUUCCUGAAUCGUUGGAUUUGGAAAAUAAGAUGAUCGCAGAGAAUGUGUUUAGUAUUUUGAGUUUGGCUUGGGAUAAGUUUAAAUUGGACAACAACAUGAAUUGA